AUAUUUGUACACCUGCGUACCAAAUAGGCACAGGCCUAUAAGUAAUAAUUGAAGUGUCAUCUGUAUCCGUAUAAACCGAAGUGUUCACACUUAUUUUUGACUGCUCUGCUGGUGAAAGUAUGGCUCAGUUCAUUUUACGCAUCGGACAUGUGUUGUGUGCUCCAAAACUGUCUGAAACAUGUCCUUUUCGUUGCAUCGCUCGUAAUACACAUGAUUAUAAUCUGUUGUAUGCUGCAGGACUACAAGCGUAUUCGUCAUGGAACUACCAAUAGAAGCGAUCCCGAUGUUUUUAGGAUGAAACACUAUUUUGAUAUGUGGACACUUCAUAGCAUGUGCGGGACACUGAUGACCAUACUUAAGUUCAAGGUUUGAUAUCAGAUGCGACACUUCAUAUGUGUAUACAUAUCUGUAAUUCAAUGGGAUAGGACGUCUGCUAUCUGCAGUGGUGGGUGCUCAUGACAUGGAUCUACAUUGUAGCUGGCCUUACUCUUCACUUGCUUCUGCACGACUUCCACGAUGAGUUCUAUGGCAUUCAUGAGAUGGUUCGAAAUUACUUUGCUCUUGGUUACAUGAUUGUUUGCUGCUUGACAGUCACUUUUUCCGCCAGACCAGAGGAAUAGAUAGGGUUUGUACAUAUAUUCAUACUUAAAGGUACUGGUAAUGGCUCUGCUUAAUGAGUAUCAAUUAUAAUGAUUAAUGAUGAUUAAUGAUGAUUAAUGCAGAUCCGUGCAGCUCAGGACCUGCACUGCAGUUGAUUUCCAGUGGACAUUCGUAGUGGUUUCGAUCAUGAACUGCAACUUCUGCGUUUUUCUGGGUCUCAGCCUUUACUUUACCCUAACUUGGGAACUAUUUUCCAAAUUUUUGCCCUGCCUGGUAGAUUGUAUUCAGUUGAACUCUUGGGAGGAGUACUGUGAAACCUAUUCAUUCGAACAGUCUAUGAUAUUGUUCGCGCUCUACGGCAGUAGUGGAUUCUUGUUGGUAUCUGGCAAUUAUAAGGAAUUUCAAGUUUUCUAUAAUUGGCUCAUUGUCACUGCCCACAUAAUUGUCCUGAUGUUUGGUUAUAUUGUCUUUGCAAGGCUCCUAAGGGAUCAUCCGCUAUGGCAGGGAACUCUUAUAUGUGCUGGAACUUUGGUGAGCAGCUUUAUAACAGUCCUCUUACACGUUUUAGUAUGUAAGGACAUCGUAAGAAAUCGUUGGAUAAGGACCAUUUUGGGAGCCAUUAUAGUUCCUUCUGGAUCUGUACGAAAUGAUCGCAAUAAAAUAUAUUCCUAAGCACACUGUAUUAUAUUUAUGAUAUAUAUCUAUAAAAUGUAAACAUUAAAUUUAACAAGAAUUCUACUAGAAUUCAUUUAUCUCUCAAAGGAAAUGGGAACUAAUCUUUUUAUACUUUAUACUGUACAUGUAUUCAAUGCAUUCAAUGAAUUAUAACACGAUAUUCACACUAAUAUUUAACUUACACCCGCACCAAAUGUCCUGGAGAAAGACAUCCCAUCCAUCCAUCCGUCUAGAUGAGGGCCAGUAUAGCAGUAUUCUUCAUAUAAUUUGUG